AUGUCUCAAGGUAAAAUUGUUUUGAUGGCUUGUGGAAGCUUUAGUCCGCCGACGUACAUGCAUUUACGAAUGUUUGAAAUAGCAAAAGACUAUAUACAUUCCCUCGGUCUUGGUGUAAUAGUUGGAGGUAUAGUAUCACCAGUACAUGAUGCAUAUGGAAAAAAAGAUUUGGUUGCUGCAAAUCAUAGGAUAGCAAUGCUCAAGUUAGCAUUAAGGUCGUCUGGCUGGAUCAAAGUGUCAGAGUGGGAGACACAGCAGACUGGCUGGACAAGAACAAGAGCAUCUAUGCAAUACCAUCAAAAUACAAUAAAUACGGCAAAUCACACGGAUCCUCCGUCAUGGUUACCUGACGAUAUCCUCAACGUUAACAUUGAAGACCAAAACUCGAAUCGCAUAAAUGGUAACAGCGAAGACGUAACAGUUAAGUUGUUGUGCGGCGCUGAUCUUCUAGAGUCCUUUGCCACUCCGGGGUUGUGGUCUGAUGAUGACCUAGAGGCGAUUUUGGGUCGUCAUGGCAUAGUGGUUGUGUCUCGGGCCGGCAGCGACCCUGGCAGGUUCAUAUACGAGUCAGACAUGCUUUAUAAAUAUAGGAAAAACGUAAUACUGGUAACAAAUUAUAUUGUGAACGAAGUAAGCUCGACGGUUCUCAGGCGGCUCUUGCGCAGGAACGAAAGCGCUAAAUACUUGACAGAUGACAACGUCAUCUCUUACGUACGACAGAAUCAACUCUAUGGGAGUAAGGCCAAUGUCACUGAGUAUAACACAGACAUUAUGUACGAUAAGUCGCCCCAAGAUGUCGUUAUGGCGUCGCCAGAGGAGACUAGCUUCAAAAACAUUCUCAUCUCAAUCAGAGACAAGCCUUCAAUAAUUGACGAAACUAUUACUGUCAAACGGUCCAAAAAGUCUAUUCUAUCCCACACGGACACUGUGACACCCAUAAAUAACCUAAAACCGAAGAUGGCGUACAUUGACAAAGUGUCACCAACCUACGUACCCGGGAAAGCUGUCAAAAUCGUCAGUGACGUCACUCAACAUACCAUGGACAAGGUAGGUGUAGAAACUCAUUCGCUUGACAGUUUUUUGGACAACUACGAUUUGAGCAAGCGUAGGUUGAGCGAGGGAAAUGUUGAGAAGAAAAUACCCAAAAAGAGAUGUCCUUCUUCGACUAUAAGGAAACUAAAACCUGAUGAGAUGAAAAAAAGUAAGUCUGAAGUGAGUAAGUUGUGUGAUAAAGUCAAAAGUAUUAAACUUAAAGAUGAUGGUAGAAAUUAUAAAACCCGUAGUUGUAACGAUAUAGUUAAACUCAUUCUGACCAAACACGGUAUCCAUGUGAUUAGCGAUACUGAAGCGAUUGUGUAA